UGUGUUUAAUGUGGCUGUGCACCCAUCAGAUGCUGAACUGCUGCAUCGAGCGCAAGCGAGCGAGGGAUGAUGGGAGGAAGAGCGGCGCGUCAGACGCGGCCAGGAGCCUCCCGGGGCCCGCCGAGGUUUCUCCGGGGAAGUCCUGGGACUCGUGGAGCGACAGCGAGGAGGAGUUCUUCGAGUGUCUGAGCGACACGGAGGAGAUGAAGGAGACGGAGAGCGAGAAAAAGACGGCCAGUAAGAGCAAAGCUGAAGGUCGCCUGCAGCCGCAUGGCAAGCGGACUCUUCUGAACUCAGCGGAGCCGCUCUACAUCCCCGUCACACAGGAGCCCGCGCCCAUGACUGAAGACCUGCUGGAGGAGCAGUCGGAGGUUCUGGCCAAACUGGGCACGUCGGCUGAAGGAGCGCACCUCCGCGCCCGCAUGCAGAGCGCCACGAAUCCCGGCUGUUGUCUGGAGGAUUUCGUGCGCUGGUAUUCUCCGAGAGAUUACGUGGAGGAGGAAGGGGAGGAUGAAGCGGGACAGACGGUCAUACGGGGCGACCUGAGCGCCCGCAUGAAGAUCCCGGGGAACAUGUGGGUGGAGGCCUGGGAGACGGCCAAAGCCACGCCGGCCCGCCGACAGAAGAGGCUGUUCGACGACACCAAAGAGGCUGAGAAGGUCAGAACCCUGAGUGUGGAUUCGGACGGCCUCGGUCCAGAAACGUGA